UAGAUUUGUGUUUGAGAAAUUCAAGGCAGCAUGGCACGUUCUUUGUUUUUGUUGCUACCCUUUGCUUUUAUCUUGCUCUCUUCUAUGGCUUCUGCUGCUGUGGUUGAACACACAUUUAAUGUUGGGAAUCUCACCAUUGAGCGAUUGUGUCACAAACAAGUCAUAACCGCAGUAAACGGGAAACUACCUGGGCCGAUCAUUAAGGUUAGGGAGGGAGAUACUCUCAUUGUUAAUGUCUUUAACGAGUCACCUUACAACCUCACCAUUCACUGGCAUGGGGUGUUUCAACUAUUAAGUGCAUGGGCUGAUGGGCCUUCGUACGUAACCCAAUGUCCAAUACUUCCGGGAAACAACUACACUUACAAAUUUAACAUCACAAAACAAGAGGGAACUCUAUGGUGGCAUGCUCACUUCUCAUGGCUACGAGCAACUGUUUAUGGAGCACUCAUCAUUCACCCAAGAGCUGGCCGUUCCUACCCAUAUUCCAAACCCUACAAGGAGGUCCCAAUUCUCUUAGGGGAAUGGUGGAAUGCUAAUGUUAUCGACGUCGAGAAUGAAGCAAUUGCCACUGGCGGCGCACCAAAUGUUUCUAAUGCUUUCACCAUCAAUGGCCAACCUGGCGAUCUCUACUCAUGUUCCAAAAAUCAUACUUAUACGUUGACGGUGGUGCCUGGCAAGACAUACCUCCUCCGUGUAAUCAAUGCUGCACUGAAUAACCAGCUCUUCUUCAAGAUUGCCGAUCACAACCUAACCGUCGUCGGCAUUGAUGCUAGUUACACCGAGCCGUACCACACCGACGUUGUCGUGAUUGCCCCCGGCCAAACAACCGAUGUCCUCUUAACGGCGAAUCAAUCGUCGGGGAGAUACUACAUGGCAGCUCAAGCAUACAAUAGCGCCGCCGGGAUUCAAUUCGACAACACGACAACAACUGGCAUCGUCCAAUACGAGGGAGCCACGUCAUCAUCAGUACCCCAAAUGCCAAUCCUUCCAGCUUUCAAUGACACACCAACAGCUUACAAGUUCUAUAGCAACCUAACCUCACUUCAGGGUGGGCCCCACUGGGUCCAUAUGCCACAACAAUGUGAGGAGCAGAUGUUUGUAACCGAGGGAUUAGGUCUUAUCCCUUGUGAAAGCCAUGCCACGUGUGCAGGACCCAAUGGGUCUUAUCGAUUCGCUGCUAGCUUGAACAACGUGUCAUUCCAGUUGCCAUCGACAUUGUCAUUGUUGCAAGCAUUCUAUUUCAAUGUGAGUGAGAUCUUUACCGCUGAUUUCCCUGACCAGCCGCCGGUGGAGUUUGACUACACCAACACCAACAUCAGUUUGAGCGUACCCCUUGUGUUGACGGAGAAAUCGACACGUGUCAAGAAGCUGAAGUAUAAUGCCACGGUGGAAAUGAUACUUCAAAACACAGCAUUUGUUGGAACGGAGAACCACCCUAUUCACUUACAUGGUUUCAACUUUUUUGUAUUGGCUCAAGGGUUUGGGAACUAUGACAAUAACACAGAUGUGAAUAAGUACAAUUUGGUAAAUCCACAACAACGUAACACCAUUGCUGUACCUGUUGGAGGCUGGGCUGUCAUCAGAUUUCAAGCUAAUAAUCCAGGUGUAUGGUUUAUGCAUUGCCACUUGGAUGUACAUCUCGGAUGGGGCUUUGCUACAGCUUUUGUGGUUGAGAAUGGGCCAACAUCUUCGUCCACACUCCCUCCACCACCAUCAGAUCUUCCUCAAUGUUAGAGAAUAAUUAAGACAUGUAUUUUUUUUAAA